ACCAAGUCGCCCAAUCCACGAAUCCACCAAUUGCCCCCGCAAGCCGCGCAAUACUCCUCUACACUCUUCAAAAUGCCUGGCUGGGUUAUGCGCGAGAACAAAGUGCCUUACUGGCAACGCGAAUUCCAGAAGCACGACGGACUGAGGACCUGGGAGAAGGCCCGCGGAAAGUACCUGGUCCCCGGCUUCAAGGUCAUCAUGUUCAGCAGCUUCGGCGCCAGCAUGUACAUGAUGGGCCGUCUCGUCCUUGGACACAAGACCUGGUUCGGCAAGAACUAGGGUCCGCACUUCGAACAUGAUAUCCGGAUGGGUGGGACCAGUAUGAGUCUUCUGCGUCAAUAUACAAUCAAUCGACAAGCCUUUACCCAUUACUGCAUCUCUUUUGUCAGACAGUAUAGAACAAUCUUCAUUGUCAGUUUACGCUGCGUUCACUUAUUCUGCAGUGAUGCUACCACCCGGUUAUAACCUGGGGGACAGAACACGGAUGACCGUCACUUGCAGCACUGACCAGGUCAACAUCGUGAGAAUAUUGGAGAUACGUCUCUGGUCAGGCCUUGCGAAUGCGUGUGAGGCAGCAAUAGACUUUUCUGUUACCCGGUUCGCAAUUGGCUUUAUAUUGAGCUCCAAUGGUUAUGGAAGAGUGACAAUGCCUACCGCGAUCGAGUAUGUAGACAACCACUUCAGAUGAGCAGUCUGGCAAACCACUGUCACCAAGUAGCUAAUAUCAAAACACCUGAUCAAACUUCCACAA